UGUUGGAAAACUCAAUCAUUCAGUCAAUUCUACGUACAAUGAGUAACAACCUAAUACUUCAUACUUCAAUUUCACUUUUAGUGGUAAUUGUGAUUUCAAAAGGUGCUCAAAGUGCCCCAAAAUCAUGUUCAAUCAAUUUCCCAAACAGUGUACCCAAAACCGGUGAACCAAUUUAUCUAACACAAUUUAAGAAUGGAUCAUUCAGUGCUAUUACACCCGAUGCGUCAUCAAUUAAUUUUAAUAUUGGUGACACUCUCACAUUGUACUGUCCAAAUACAAAGGAAUCUAAUAAAAUCACCUGCAGUUCUCCUCGUAUUCUUCCCUUCGAAAACUACUUCUGCAGUGAGAGUGCUAAAAGUGAAAUAGUGCAGACAGAGGAGGAAUGUGGAAAAGAUGGAAAAUGGUACAAUGUUGGAUUUCCACUUCCCUCAAAAGAUUUCCACAUUAUCUACCGAACGUGCUUUGACAAAGAAAAAUUGUCACCAAUCUACUCUUACCAUGUCAUAAAUGGAAAAGCUGUUGGAUAUCAUGUAAAGCAAGAACGAGGAAAUUUUCGGUCAACGAAAGGCAUUUAUGGACGCGUGAAAAUCAAUCAACUCUACAUAACCCACAUUUCACGGUUUAAGAGAAUUUUCGGUCAAUCGCAGAAAUUCUUUCGAAAACCUCUGCACUACUUGGCACGUGGUCACCUCAGUCCUGAGGUGGAUUUUGUUUUCGGUACUGAACAACAUGCCACAGAAUUGUACAUCAAUACAGCUCCACAAUUUCAAUCAAUCAACCAAGGGAAUUGGCUCAGAGUGGAGAGACAUGUGAGGAAUCUGGCUAAAGCACUACAAGACAAUUUGUCUGUUGUCACAGGAAUUUUGGGCAUUCUCAGAUUGUCCAACAAAAAAGCCACCCAGGACAUCUACUUGAGCGACGAUAAUGUGAUUCCUGUUCCAAAUAUCUUCUGGAAAGCUGUUUUCUACCCAAAAACCAAUUCUUCAAUAGUUUUCGUUGGAUCCAACAAUCCCCAUAGCGACAAAUUUGAGCCUAUGUGUAAGGAUAUUUGUGAUAAAGCUGGAUUUGGAGAUAAACAACAUAAAAACCAGAACUUCUCCGAUUAUACUGUUGGCAAUGUGAUCUGUUGUCAACUUUCCGAAUUUGUAAAAAAGUCCAAAGUUAUUUUACCCAAGGAUUUAAAAUAUGAAAAUUACAAAAAAAUGUUACAAUUACCUACCGCUUAAAUAAGUUUCAAUAAAAUAAUUUAUAAAA